AUGGACAUUAUCCUCAGGCAAACGUGUGGGGUGAUCCUGGUAGGAGAUCCACACCAACAGAUCUGUACCUUCCGAGGUGCUGACAACACAGGUUUUAGUGUGAGUGACAGUCGCAACUUCUACCUGACGCAGAGUUUUCGGUUUGGCUACGAAAUAGCUUAUGUUGGCGCAACUCUUCUGGAUAGCCUUGUUCUGGACAAGAAAGUCCGGAACAAAACCUUGGUGGGAAACAACCUGAACAGUGAGUGUUUUAAGCCAGUCAUCCUUUUGUCAUUCCAAGUAAGAAUUUCUAAGCAGGACUAACAUGAUGCUGUGCUUUUUACAGGUGAUGUCAGUGAGGUCCACAUAGAGGGAAAAGUGGCUUGCUUAUCCCGGACCAACAAAGCCGUCUUUAAGAAUGCUGUGGAAAUUCUAGAUAAAAACUCAUCUGCUAAUAUAUACUUCG